UCUUGCGGCGCCAGGGCCGUCGUCGCGGGGCCCUUCGUUUCUAUGGCAACGGGCCUACCUAGGCGCGGAUGAUUCCUCCCCCUAGAAGCCCCUUUUCGGCAUGUUCGGGGACUCCGCGGCCAGCGGCGUUGACGUCGAGUCGGUGUGGAGAAAGGACCAGGGCGCCCGCUGCGAGGAGAAAAGCACCCAAACGAGGGCCAUCUCCACGGCGGAGGCCGUAACUCAGUCCCAUGGCUGCCGAGAUGCUGGCAUUCAGACAGACAUGGGCGACCAGCAGGCCCAAGCGCUGGGUCUGCCGCCACCAGCACCCAUCGAUUAUGCUGGCCUGCGCACUUUCCUGCAGAGUGUGGAGGAGUCCGUCAUUAGGGAGCUGGACAAAAAUUGGAAAAGCCAUGCCUUCGACGGCUUUGAGGUGAACUGGGCGGAUCAGAACGAAACGGUCUCAUGCUUGCACAGUCUAUCGUACCCCGAAGCUCAAGAGCGCAGGCUGCACGUCACCAGCGUCUCCUGGAACGCCACUGGGGCGGUCGUGGCGUGUUCGUACGGCAAACUGGACGAUGGAGACUGGAGCACCGAGAAAUCCUACGUCUGCACUUGGAAUCUCGACCGCCGAGCACUAAACCCCAACCGCCCCGAUCUCGUGGUGGACGUUCCCGGUGCUGCAAUGUGCCUGGCUUUCCACCCGCUGCAGCCUUCGCUCAUAGCUGGGGGCCUUUUCAGCGGGGAGGUCCUGGUGUGGGACACCAGCAGACAGGAAGACCCGUUGAUCUGGAGGACAGGAAUGACGGACGACACUCACACAGAUCCGGUGUAUCAGGUUGGCUGGUUACGAGACUCCAGGCACGGCCACUCCUUCCGCGUCUUGAGCGUCUCCACGGACGGGAAGAUUCUGGUGUGGCGAGAGGAGCGAGACGGCCUCCUUGGGGUGGCCGAGGGCUUUGCCUUGGCGUUGCAGCAGAUCCCCCGGAGCACCAAACUGAAGAAGCAUGCGCGAGGAGACACCGCCGUGGGCGUCACCUCGCUCUCCUUCUCGCACUUCGAGCCCAGCGUGUUCGUCGUUGGCACGGAAGGCGGCUAUUUGCUGAAAUGCUCCACGGCGGUGGAGGCCGUUGCUCUCUUGCAAAAAAGUAGCUCCAUCCCACUGAAGGCCCCUGCACAAUUUGUCUUCUCCCCCCACGGAGGACCCAUCUACUGUGUAAGCUGCUCACCUUUCCACAGGAAUCUGUUUUUAAACGGAGGGACUGACGGACACGUUCAUUUGCACUCCAUGUUACAAGCUCCGCCCCUCGUUUCCCUUCAGUUAUCAAAGAAGUAUAUUUUCAGCGUGAAGUGGUCUCCGGUGCGGCCCUUGGUGUUUGCAGCUGCCUCUGGUGAAGGAGAAGUACAGCUGUUUGAUUUUGGCAAAAGUUCUCAGAAGCCGUCUUUCUCCAUCAAGCAGACCUCUGACCAGACCCCCGUCUACUGCUUAGAGUUCAACCACAAGCAGGCCCAGCUUCUUGCGGCCGGAGACGGCAGCGGGGUGGUGAAAAUAUGGCAGUUAAGUUCCGACUUCACCGAAGAGGGGCCGCGAGAAAUGAACCAUCUCGACCAGUUAGCUAAUGAGGUCACAGAUUAAUAUGGACCAUAAUAAAUAAAAAAAGACUUGGGGUAGCUCAGCAGCCUUUAAA